AUGUCAACAAUGGCCCUCCACCGCACUGCUUCCACCAAGUCCGACACAACCAUGGCCUGUCCAAAUGGCCUCGUGAAGAACUUGCCCUUGGGCGGGAAUACCAAAUGCAGCGCUUGCGGGUCUCACCGUGCAGAGAAGCGUCGGGCGAGCUCAACGAGCUCAGUCUCGACGACACCGACGUCACCGAGCUUUUCAGAGGCUGACUGGUCGCCGCUCCACAACUCGAGCCAGGAGCCCCAGCCCGAAUAUACCAAGGUCGCCAACAGCCUGAUGAGGGCCAUCACGGACUACGUGGGCCACCUGCAGAACGAGAACCUGCCCAUGCCCAGCCUCGAGCCUGCUGCUGACGCCCACGGUGUCCUCAAGCAUCCCGAAGGCGUAGCGGCGCGCAACGCCGUUGUUGAGUUGGCGCAGAGGAUUGUUGCCAUGACAAUGGACCCUGACAUGAACCUUCUUAUCAGCUCCUUGCAGUUUCAUUUCUGCUCGUCGCUCAAGGUUGCCAUCGACCUGAAAGUUCACGAGCAUGUUCCUCGUCGCGGGUCGAUUACCUCUUCUGAGCUGGCCGCAAAGGUCGGCGCGGACGAGAGCAUUUUGGUCCGAAUCAUGCGUGCCCUCAUCUUGAAGCACGUCUUUUGUUCUCCCACUCCCGGCACAUAUGCUCACACGGCCAUGUCGUGGUGCAUGAUGAAGUCGCCCGACGCCAUUGAUCUCCUGGGCCACCGACUGGACGAAUCCUUCCGCGCCUCGAGCCGUCAAGCCGACGCGCUGGCGCUGGUCAACUACCGCGAGCCCGACGAGGCCGACGUCAAGGGCUUCAGCAUGGCCUUUGGCACGACGGAGAACUUCUGGGAGGUGCUGGGGCACGAGGGCGAGGAGGAGCGCGCGCAGCGUUUCAACCGCGCCAUGAGGGCCGUCAGCCUCAACACCCUGGACGUGAUCCCGCGCAUGUACCCCUUUGACCGCAUCCGCGGCGACGGCCUGCUGGUCGACGUCGGCGGCGGCCUGGGCCAGGUUGCGCGGGCCAUCAUGGGCGCGCACCGCGGGGCCGGGCUGCGGAGCUGCAUUGUGCAGGACGCCCAUGCGGGCGACGACGCGAAGAAGCAGCCGGACGUGAUGGAGGCGAACAGGAAACUCGGGGUGGAGCUGCAGAAGCACAACUUUUUCGACCCGCAGCCGGUAAAAGGCGCCUCGGUGUACUUCCUGCGCCACAUCUUCCACGACUGGCCUGACCGGGCCUGCGUCAAGAUCCUCAAGCAGACGGUCGAAGCCAUGGGCAAGGACAGCACGUUGCUGAUCUGCGACCAGGUUGUCGACGACGAGGCGUCACCUCAGGCCACGCUGUACGACAUUGACAUGUGGUCUCUCUUCGGCGGCAAGGAGAGGAACCGGUCCGAGUGGGAGGCUCUGUUCCGGUCUGCCGACGAGAGAUUGUACAUCAAAAAGGUUUGGACAACAGCUGAGGCCCCGACCACCAUGUUGGAAGUCUGCCUUUCGUGA